CCGACCCUGGAGCUCCUAGGGUAUCCCCAACAACCCUCCUUGUCGUGAUCUGUGGCAAAUUGUCGAUACUACCUCAGGACAAGACCUACUUUUCGGCAGGUCUUCACUUCCGGGUUUCUCUUUUUGCCGCCCGAAUCCCCUUCCAGAUAUUUACGCCCUCCUUGCGGUGUCGCGAGACCUAUUCAGACUGUCAGUUGACGUGAGAACUCUGCCGGAAACGACGUCAACAUGAACUUCACUAAGAAAAUUGACCGUGCUUUCCAAUGGGCUGGGGAGAAGAUGGGCCAGGAGGCCAAAACGAGCCAUUCUGAUGAGUUCAGGAAUUUGGAAAAUGAGAUGGCCCUACGGCACGAGGGCUAUGAACGCCUCCAAAAGUCCAUGAACGCGUAUGUUAAGUCGCUCUCCCGCCGAGGCGAGUCCUUCGAAGACAAGGAAAAGGGUUUGCCUAUCAGCUACCUAGGCCGAACAAUGAUGAGCCAUGGCGAGGACUUCGAGCCAGAUUCCGAGUUCGGAAAUUGCCUGAUUGCCAUGGGGAGAGCAAAUGAACGCAUCGCGGGCAUUCAGGAGACUUACGUUGCCCACUCCACGUCUUACUGGCUGGAAGGGUUGGAGCGGUCGUUGGCAAUGAUGAAAGAGUACCAGUCCGCCCGCAAGAAGCUCGAGAGUCGACGUCUCGCGUACGAUGCCAGCAUGGCCAAGAUGCAAAAGAACAAACGAGAGGAUUUCCGACUCGAGGACGAGCUCCGAACAGCAAAAGCGAAGUACGAAGAGUCAUCCGAGGACGUCCUCCGCCGUAUGCAGGAUAUAAAAGAAGCAGAAGCGGACUCUGUUCGUGAUCUUACGAGCUUUCUCGAAUGCGAGCUCGACUAUUACGAGCGUUGUGCUGAGGAACUUCGCCGAGUGAGGCAGGAGUGGGCAGCUGGCCAAGCAACGGCCCCAGGCGGACCUCGCCCAUCGGAGCUCAGCGUCUCGCGACGCACCGCAACACGAAGCAGGAGUAACACGGCCCAAUCUGCGACCGGACAUAAUGACCGUACCGAGCGACGGGCGAGUAGACGCGACAGCCGCGAGCGAGAAGAGCCGGCCCCGGAGCCGGUGCGCAUGCCGAUUCGCUCAAGCAGGGCAGUAACCCCCGAAGCGUCCCGGCCCGGUAUCAGUCGCACCUCUACCUACAGCGGGACUUUCGACAGGUCUUCGAGCCAAUCUUCAUACCGCGAACCUCCUCUACCGCCCCCGGAGGGCCUGCGUAAGACUCCUACGGCGCCGCCACCUGAUGUCGUGACGCUGCGGAACAAUCUGCGCCCGGUGAAUAGGGUUCAAACGAGUCAGAACCUGAGCCCCAACGUGUACAUCGACGAUUACGAUACAACCACUAGCAGCGGAAGUCCGGAAUAUGAUCGUAGCGAGAGCCCAGCGACGAGUCAUGGGAGUUUGAGCCGUAGUACGAGUAAUAGUGCGUUGCGUACGGUGGGAGGCGUGAAGAAGGCACCGCCACCGCCACCCAGCAGAGCCAAAAAGCCAGCGCCGCCUAUCCCUGCCAGGCGAGAGACCGGCUAUUGAGAUUUAGAUAUCACCGCACGGUACUUUAGCGCUAAGAGGUUAUUGGAGGCUUGUUGGCCUCGGGGCAUUGGAAAUCAAACGGGGCGGGCCAUGUGCGGCUUCACAGCUUGGUUGGGUUCAUAUAGCCGGGCGACCUUCUAUUUCGGCCGAAAAGGUAAUGGAAGUUCGAUCACACGGCGUUGGGUUCAUUGUUGUAUUAUAGAGACAGACGGAAUGGCCGGUGUGGAUGCGUAGGUGUGGCUGGUCUAAGCGUGUCGGCGCAGAAGCGAUUCACGGGCUGAAUUCCUUUCCAAUAUGCGUUGGUCCGAUGCUAGAAUCUCGCGGCUCAAGCCUGGGUUGCGGCGGGGAUCUUCUUAAUAGCUACGCCUUGCGCCCCUAGAAAUCGGAUCGUAGCGCGUAGCAUGGCAUCCACUUGGUCUCUAUUUUACACGUGCGCAACAACGCGCGAUACUGUGUGCGGUGUGAGAGUGUGACUAGUCCAGGUUGUAUUGACCCGUUGCAUAUCUAGAUCAGUUCUUAGGACGGGACAGAUCAUGAUCGGGAAGACUACGCUAUCCGCCUACGGCCUGGAUUCUACUUCCCGCAAGUUACUCUCGCUCACAUAAGUCUUCGCCAUAAAUGCAUCUAACGUUCUGUCCCAGGUCAUACCAAGCGUCAUGCCAGAAGCGCGAUGUGCUUGAGUUCGCUAUCGGGGG